UUGGGCUGAUCUUGCAUUCUUUUACGCACACGUGCUGACCACAGCACCAGCCAAAUCUCCGCAGUGCCAGUGUUUGUGCAACUUUUCUUAGAUUUUUCUCUGAAAUAAGAUGCGAACUUUACUCAAGCAUUUGAAGUGUGUACUAGGAACAAUCAGUGACAGCAUCAAUCAGAAAGUUAAGCGAGGUUAAGCUACAGGAUUCUCACAUUUUGUAACUUUUUUUCAAGGUCAAAAUCUGACCUGUCCUGAGAAAGUUUUCGAAUUCAAGAUGUCGUCCACAUGGGUUCCCAAACCACCACGUAACGCAGCAGCAGCUGGAUCCGGAGCAGCACAGUGGCCUAAAGCUGUGGGGUCUCGCCCCACUCAACCCCGGUCAACAACUACAGAAUCUCUCGGUGCUUACACGUACUUCAGUCAGGGAAAUCCAGGGUCUUAUCCCCACCGACCGAGCCAGAUGGUGACUUCACCAACACAACCCCAACACCGACCGAGCACACCCACCGCGUACAAGCCGAUCAAUCCCCCGUCACAACCUCAACACCGACCCAGCACACUCACCAUGUAUCAGCCGGUCACUCCCCCGUCGUCUCCCCCACGCCCAACCGGCCCGUCUCCCGUCCAGUCUACCAAGCGUGUUGUUCAGCCACAAAGAGAGAUUAAGUCACCUACAGCGGGAAUUUCGAGUAGUUCAAGGGUUUCUCCAAGUUCCUCCACCCGACCCACUUCACCCCGCUGCAUCUGUCACCGAGAUCACUCCAAGAUCAUGUGCUACGUCUGCGGCAAGACCCAGGUGGGCCGUGUGCGGAUGCAGUGCCCUGAGCAUCCUAACACCAUUCAUCUGAUGGACUAUGACCGAUGUCCAGUUUGUAAGGCGGUCAAUCUGGCCGAGAUGAGACCUCAUUGAGUGGCUUGGAAGAAACGGGUUGGGUUUUGAGAUGAUGCGUAAAGUAUUGAAAGUAGACAUAGAAAGAUCUUGCACCUGCUUUGAGUCUGGAUAGGUGAAACGGUAGACCUCUUGCACUGUGGACAAGUUUUAUUUAAAGUCAGUGACAAUGAAAGUACUAAGUGUCUACUCAUUUAUAUAAAAGGGGAAUAAAGACUUGUCCUCUGUGUUUCCUAAAUUGUGAAAAAGUUUUGCCUAUUUUUGUUUUGCAUGUUUUUCUGCACUCGGGUCCUAAGUCUGCUCCAGGCCUAUGUUUUUUUCAUGUAACCUUAAAAUCUUAAAAUCAAGCAUUCUUUCUGUAAGUUUUAUGUUCUAUUUUCAUUUGUUAGACCGAAUUGUGCAUUUACUGUGAAAAAGCUUUUCAAAAUGUCUUGGUUUUAAUUUGUUUUUUUCAAGCAAAUAGUGAAUGAACAAAUACUAAACAGGAUGAUGUUACAAAAAGUUAGCAGAAUAAGAGGUAAGUAGAAUUAUUAAGAACAUCAGAAGUCACGACAUAUUCAGGAUUAAUUUCAACAUAACGGCUUUUAAAUUUGACAAGAUCUUUCAUACCAAAUAUAUCUCAAAGGUACUUUUCAGUCCAAAGACGUUCUUGUUCACUUUGGAUACAAAGAAUACAACUUGCACUGAUUUUUGGAAAACCAUCUUGGAAGAUUUGUGAUAAGGUGAGUGAUGGAACAAACAUUUUGUACAUGUAAUUUAGCUGUUGGUUUUCAAAAUUUUCAUGAAAAUGUUGGGAAAGAAUUAUUUAAGUUCAGGUGCACAUUUUUCCGCACAGGAAACUAAAGUUUUUUUGUUUUUUGUUUUUUUGAGCUCAACUUCAGGGAAUCAAUGCACAAAACAGGUAAACUACAGGGUGUUCCCAAAAACCAGAACUCUCAAGCCACCCUUUUUUUUUUUUACAGCUUUCAAAUAAUAAAUCACAUAUCUUUAUACAUAUUUGACAAGUGUAUUUCAUCAGCUUUUCAACAACGAAAAAAAUCCUUCGAAUUGGAAAAAUAUUUAUUCAGUUACGACCAAUUAAAAAAAAGGGCCACCUUUUCAUUUUGUCCGCGGUGACUGAUGCUUGACUUGCACAGUGAGAACAAGGGCCAAAACUCAUUUGUGAAAGAGGCAACCAUUAGUAGAGGGCAUAGCAGAACAGUCAACAUCUAAGAUGUUUAACAAAAUGGUCCUUUUCCAAAAAGAGAAGUGACCAUUGUUGCAAAAAGUAAAAAAUAAAAAAAUAAAAAAUAAAGAAAGUUUAUAAAAUUUAAAAAAAAAGAGCAAAACUAUCCUCACCCAGGCUCACCCCAAAUCGAUUAUAUUCCUCAUAGUGAUAAUUAAGACCAUGGACAAAAUGAAAAAGCGGUACUUUUUUCAAUUGGCCAUAACUCAAUUAAAUAUUUUCCAGUUGGAAGGAUUUUUUCGUUGUUGAAAAGCUAAUGAAAUAAACUUGGCAAAUAUGUAUCAAGAUUUCUGACGGUUUUUUUUUAAAGCUGUGAAAAAGAGAGUGGCAUGAGGGUUCUGGGUUUUUUGUUUUUGUUUUUUGGACACCCUGUAUGAUUGUAAAUAUGACAUUGCUUUUCCUUUUUCAAGAUUUUACCUACAUGUAUGGUAUUUAAUGAAAGUACUUCUUGACAUUGGUUAAAAUGAGUCUGUUCUCUCAUUUCUGAGCUUAGAGUAAAACGUUACCUACAGAAGGGUUAAGGUGGAUUUAUGUGAGCUCAUAGUACUGUCAAAUUUUAGAAGAAAGGUGUACAUUUAAAUGGUUUGAUACUGAGGUUGUAGAUUUUGCAUUCUGGCUUGUUUUGCCAGUUCUUACAGAUAUGCAUGUAUUUAUUACUUGGAGAUGCAAGUUCUAUUCAAGUCAAAAACUUCAUUUUUGUCACUAAAUACAAGUAAAUUACAACAUAGCAGAGAAACAAAUAUCAGGGAUAGAUUUAAUGAGUGCCAAUUUCUUGCAUUUUGUUGAAAUAUGGAAAUCAGGGUUUAAGACAUUUCUAUUUUGUUGCCUAUUUUUGAGUUGUUUUGAAGGUUUGUUAAAAGUAGUUUUAAGUUUGAUUUUUGUUUCCAUAAAUCUAAAGCAUUUCAUAUACACGUAUAUAUGCAUGAAGCAAGUUCAAUUACAAGUACUAUUGAAAAGAACUCAUGUUAAAAAAGGUAUAGUUUUAGUUAAAGCA